GCAUGUUAUGUUACGCAUGUUUACGACAUACCAUGUUCUAAUUGGUUUUGCACUCUUAUAGUAGGGAAGCUCCGACUAGAGCUCUGUGACAUCACAUCUUUUUUCAUACAUAACAGGCAGCAGCUAAUUUGCAUUAAAGCUACAGAUAUCAGAAACAGCGCAUUCUGAAGGGACUGAAACAGAGGGGAGUAGCGGUACGCAAGAUUUUAUUUUUUCUAUUUCCAGCAAACAGCUUCAAAAACUGGAACUCAUAUACUAUGUUUACUUGUUGGGAAAACACCAUAAUUUGUCUCCUUUAAUUGUCAUGAAGCCCAUCCAUGCACGUUGCUGCACAAGCUGAAUUGUUUUCAGAAAUUGUUCCCCUUCCUGAUUUCAAAAUUACUGUUAUAAUAAUAUAACAAUUAAAACAACUGAAAAGUAUAGUUACAGUAUAGUCACUAAUACAACCUGAUCAUAAAUGUCGAAUGCAUGUUGUUUAUGUCUAUGGAACCUUCUAUUUAUUCCAAUCCGCUAGAUGGGUCCAGUGCCGGGGCCCUGGGCUGCGGUACAUCCCCGCCAACGCCCCCGCGGACACGGUCCGGCUGCGUCUGGAGAACACCCUGGUCUCCAGAGUGCCCCGUGCAGCCUUCUACAACCUCUCGCAGCUGCGCUUCCUGUGGCUGACCUAUAACUGCAUCACGUCCGUCCACCCAAGCAGCUUCCUUAAUCUGAGGUCCCUCCAUGAGCUGCGCCUUGACGGGAACCUGCUUUCGGCCUUCCCUUGGGAGGGCCUGAGGGACGCGCCCCUCCUUCGCACCCUGGGCCUACACAACAACCGUCUAUCCAGCCUGCCUGCCCAGGCCGCGCUGUUCCUGCCCAACGUCACCUACCUGGACCUCUCCAGCAACAGAUUAACUAUGUUGCCCGCUGAGCUUCUUAACCUGUGGUUCCCACGAACGGGUCGAGAGGGUGGGCUUGUGAAAAUAAAGAUUUUAGGUCUCCAUGACAACCCUUGGUUGUGUAACUGUGAGAUUUCCAUGAUCAGGUCCUUAUCCAUGUCUCGGGGAAGCCUUGUGGUUCUGAUUGACCAGAUGUUGACUUGCAGCAAGUCUAUUGACGGGCCCACUGUGGAGGUACCAGGAAAGGAGACCUCCCACUGUAUACGGCUCUCAGUCAAGCCAGCAGCAACAACAGUCAUUUCCUCUCUAGGCAGUAAUGUAAUCCUUCGCUGUGAUGCAACUGGCUUCCCGACACCAACUCUGACGUGGAUCAAAACAUCAACCUACUCUGGAUGCUGUCCACCAGACACCCCUGAAAAUAUUGAACCAUUACCAAAGAAUCUAAAGAGUUUUCUGCAGGUGUCGCCUGGAGUGGGAUUACGUUGGUCCGUCAUUAGCCUGAGCGGGCUGUCACUCAGAGAUGCUGGAGAAUACCGCUGUCAAGCACGCAACACGGCGGGAAUAGCUGAAGCAAACAUCAAGCUUAAGGUGGUCGGGGUGAUAGGAGGCGCACAUCCUACUACAAAUAAGUUGGUUCAAGCUCAGCUGAAAACAUCUUUUAAAUUGUAUCGUCCAGAUACAAUUUAACUUUAAAGAAAUGUCAUAAGCACACUUCAUUACCAAGGACAGCCCCGUCACAAACAAACGCAAACACAAUCAACUAAUAUUUAAAUAGGUUUAAUCAGCUCUUGGUGAUUCAGCCAGUUAGCGUAUGGCUUGACUGCAUACAAAUUAUGUUAAAUGUAAUUUAUUGUCAGUCCUGAAUACACAAUAAAAUGGAAAUAUUGCUUUACAAUGCUGAAAAUGCUGAAAAAAAAUUUAAUCUGUGAUGUUUGUGCUACCACACGUCAAGACCUUUGUCACAUCUCCUUCCCUUCCUAAAUCAAUCAUUAAUAAAUGAAUAAUGAACUCAUUCAUUCAUUCAAAUGUAAAUGAAUAACCACAUACUUACUUAUUAUUAAAACAUGAAAUACAUACUUUAAUAAAUACUUGAUGCAAUGUGGAAGACCCUACAAAGCAUCUCAAUGACUUAUCAGAGACAGGGCACUAGCCUGGGAAUCUGAAGCUUAUGUGUUUGUCCCCCAUCAGAGGGUCUGUCCCCCUCCCCUCAGAGGGUCUGUCCCCCUCAGAGGGUCUGUCCCCCCUCAGAGGGUCUGUCCCCCUCAGAGGGUCUGUUCCCCUCCCCUCAGAGGGUCUGUCCCCCUCAGAGGGUCUGUUCCCCUCCCCUCAGA